GCGUCGCACAAUCGAUGCGGAUCGAUCGAUGUUUGCUGGUGGUGGCUAGUGGAGUCUGGAAAGGAGCAGGAACGAGGCCGCAGUGACGUGUAGAGUUGAGGAGUGGAGGCCGCUGAAGAGAGUAGCUGCUCAGAAACAUUAUGUCAGAAGGGGACAGCAGUGGAGAUGCCAUUCACGGGAAACCAUCAGCAAUCAGCAGGUUUUUUACGCAGAUUGGACAGAUCUACCAGUCCUUCUUAGACAAGUCCACACCCCAUGGCAUCAUGCGAUGGAUUGUAACAUUUGUCUUUGGUGCAGUCUACAUGAUUAGAGUUUACAUCCUGCAGGGAUGGUACAUUGUGACGUACGCCUUGGGGAUUUACCACCUGAACCUCUUCAUUGCUUUCCUGUCCCCAAAAGUUGACCCUUCACUAAUGGAAGAUUCAGAUGAUGGACCUGCUUUACCAACAAAGCAAAAUGAGGAAUUUAGACCAUUUAUAAGAAGGCUGCCAGAGUUUAAGUUCUGGUAAGUCAUUUGGA